CACAAGGUGCACAAAAGCAGCUUAGUACUGCAAGAAGGGCUAGAUUCAAAUCGUUGAUUCCUUUCAAAAUGAGCAGAAAGAAAAUUUUUCAAGAAGAUACUGCAUGGUUUUCUUCCAGUGUUUCACAGAAAUUUAAGAACAUUUGGAAAAGAAAUGGUGGGCAAGGAGCUCCAUUGGAUUCAGCUAUGUUUGUUUUCAGUCAAGAUUUUAAUGCACCAGACACACUCCAAAUCUUCAGAAGUGAGGCAUACUUAAGUGAACACUUGGCUGUCCUACACCCAUUGUUUAUAAUUGACAGUGUUUCCAGAGGUUCCAAGACUGUCCUUAUGGACUAUAAGCUUCCUCCAGAGGAGGUGUACAAAGCAACAAGAGAAAAAGAGGUUUACAAAUGGGACAGUAAUUCUACCUUGAAGGAAAAUGAACAAGAGAGCAGGACAGGAAGACAAACUUGUAGUAGGGGAAAGCUAGCUCAAACUGAAAAUGAGGAUAUAAGUGCAUCAGGCAAGGUUAAAACCAGAAAACUGACCACAGAAAAUAAUGACCAUAUUGAACUGACCAGAGAAAAGAUCACAGAAAAGAAAGAAGCAGUAGAUAUCCGUAAGAAAGAGACAGGUUUAGAAGAGAUAUGCCAUAUUGAUGAUAUUCCUAAAAUAACUGGAGUUUUGGAAGAAUUUAUUCCUGGACAAAACGGCUGUGAAGUGUUCAGAAAGUGAACAGCCAUCAUAAAAAAAAGAUCUAGAGGAGUUUCACAGACUUAGAAGAAGGUAAUGUCACCUAGAACUAGAAAGGAGAGGUGAAAUGAAGCCUCAUGGUAAGAGAUAAAUGGUGCAUGUACUGAACAAGUUUGUGUUUUAAGAGAUUGGUGAACAAGCCUGAUAAUUAUUCUUGAAAGGGUCUGGAGAAUUCAGUGGAGUGAUUCGAUAAACUGGAACUGUUGAAUUUGGUCAAAAAACCAUGGAAUUGUGGGUAUGGAGACUAAAUCCUGAAGAAAUAAUAUUUCUUAUUGUUUCAGAAUAAUCUGUAGAUAUUUUUUUUUUAUCUUCAGAAGAGGAUUUAGUAAAUCAUAAGAGCUUUAAAGAUUUAUUUGUAAGAUUAUAUCUUUCUUUCAUUAUAUAAAAAAUAAAACUACAUAGUGGUGGAUAACAACAGUUUUAUUGUACAUGUAGUAACAACAUUUCAAACAUUUUCCUUGUAAAAUGGCAUGAUUUUUUUUUAAUACCGGUAUUUUAAUAGUUUCAUUUCAAGAUUGAUUGCAUAGAGAUAAGAAAGAAAUGUACAUAUACAUUUUAUAACAUUUUAAUAGCUUUUUUAUAGAUAUGAAAACAGUGUGUAAAAUGUUUCAUG